AAGAAGAAGCCUACCCCAGCUACCUAGGGGUCUUGAACUUUGGUGCAGCAGUCAAAACGUAGUGCUAAACUGUUACUCAACACAGUGUAUUUUUCAUUGUAGAACGGUGGCUAGUUAAAAGAUACAUUUAUCCACAAUUUAAUGCUGUUUAACAAUUUAACGUUUGACACUUCAGUCUUGAUAAUAACGUUGCUAUUGCUGGAUCCUGUCCCUUUAAGCCGGUGCGGAAGUACCGCAGAACUGAUGUAAGGCAUGAAGCGUGAUGUAAGUUAACUGAAUGGAAGACUGGAAGGUCACAUCAGUCAGGUUAUCAGUACGGUCAAUUUCAACACUACAAUUUUUAACUCUAAACCAACUCGGUCGCCUGACAUAGCUGGCCGUUUCUGCAUACAACCAACAACCAACUAGCCGUACCAUCCGUGACUUCAGUCGGUAGUGUAAGCCACGUAUAACAACGGCACGUUACCACCGGGGAUUAACCGAACUGUUACAUAAUUGUCCGUCACAGUGUGCAACGCCUCAGUUGAACUCCGUGCUACCUGAUGUCUGGGUCAAAAUGCACACGUCUGAGCGGACCACUGGUAAAACAAGUCUUGGACUCGGUGGACAGCAUCCUGUUCGACUGCGACGGGGUCAUCUGGCGGGGCGACCAGGCCAUCCCUGGCGCCGCUCAGGUCAUACAUUUGCUGAAGGAAAGCGGCAAGAAAGUGUUAUUCCUCACCAACAACAGCAGUAAGACGAGGAAGAUGUACGCCGAUAAAAUGUCGAGGUUGGGCUUCAACGUGAGAGAAGAUGAGGUGUUCGGGACAGCAUACUGCUCCGCCAUGUACCUGAAAACGGUCUGUAAACUGGAGGGCAAAGUUUAUCUGCUGGGCAGCAACGCGAUGAGGGAGGAGAUGGAGGCGGUGGGGAUCCAGCAGAUCGGGGUGGGGCCUGACCACAUCUCCGGGGGGCCGAGCGACUGGGCCAACGUGCCUCUGGACCCCGAGGUGAAAGCGGUGGUGGUCGGUUUCGAUGAGCAUUUCAGUUACAUGAAGCUGAACAGAGCUAUGCAGUACCUGACCCAACAGGACUGUCUGUUUGUGGGAACCAACAGGGACACCAGGCUGCCCCUGGAGGGAGGCAAGGCUGUCCCAGGUACAGGCUGCCUGCUGCUGGCUGUAGAGGCAGCAGCCCAGCGUCAGGCUCAGACGGUGGGCAAACCCAACCGCUUCAUGUUUGAAUGCCUGGCCUCCAAGUUCGGUGUGGACUACAAACGCUGCUUGAUGGUUGGUGACCGCCUCGACACAGACAUCCUGCUGGGUUCCAACUGCGGCCUGAAGACCCUCCUAACCCUGACAGGGGUCAGCACUGUGGCGGACGCUGAGGCUCAUCUGAAGAGUGGCUGCGUGGAGAGGCAGGGGAUGGUGCCGGAUUAUUACAUGGAGAGCAUCGCUGACCUCCUUCCAGCUCUGCAGGGAUGAGAAUGCUGCAAAGUAUGUUAGGGCUGAAGAGUGGCUUUAUAUCCUAAGUGCUGUAAACCUGAGGAAUUUGGCUACCCUGUCACAAGCCAGUGUCCGUUGUCAUCUGAAAGGAAAUAGUUUUCAUUAAGAUUCAAAUCAUCUCUAUAACAAAGUCACAACUGUUGUGUGACACAGGAGACAAAGACUUGAGAAACUAUCCAGAUUUUAUCAGCACAAAUAAUAAACCAUUAUAAAAACUAAUUUAACAUAAUAUUAUUUAUGACAUAUGAACAAUGAUUUCCAGUAUUAUUUCAGGGUACAGUAAUUGGUGUUAAAGAGCAGAGUAGGCACCGAGGUAUAAGAGUGCAUGUUCCUUUUUUGAGAAAAAUUAGAGGUGAGUGUACUUUACUGUGCCCUUAGCCUGUCUGUGAUGCAAUCUCCCCUUAAGCAACUAUAGGUCGAACUCAAAAAGGGAACUAAGCAUGCAAAGAACAUCUACAGUUAUGUAAUAUAUAUGUUUACAAAAGCUCUGUUUCUAAGUCCACAAACACGAAGCAGAAAAUGGAGCUAAAAGGCACUGAAGUAGUCUGAUGUCUGUGUUUCUUUGUGUAUUUUAAAGCCUCAACAGAAUGAGUGAUUUUAUGGGGUGGUGCAGCGGUAUCCAGUUUUAUGUCAGUUCAUUAGUGAAACGGUGACUAACAGAAUGGCAUUCAUGUUUUAAAGGUAAACCUAGUCUUCCUUUUACCAUCUGUUUUUCUUGAUUUCUCCUGGACUCCCAACACUGAAAGCAAUGCUCAAAUCUGUAAUAAAAGAUCAACUGUCUUAAACAA